UAAAUCAGUGAACCGGGGCGCUUCUCCAGCCGCCCAGACUUCCUCUGAAAACAAGGCCACGUGUGUGACUGCCAGUGAAUCAAUGGGCGCUUUGCUUUCGUUGUCGUCCAGUUGUAAUUCUAGCUCGAAAUAACUUUUAUUUGGCGGUGUGUGCCGGAUACGUAAUUAGGCUCAUUGUGUUGUUGUUCAUCGUUAGCUCUGCAACGCCGCUCUUGGAGAAGAACACCCUACGGUUGGAGAGUAACAGAACUUGCCAUGAGUUUUGUGGAGUAUUCAGAGCUCAUUCAGGAUGGGGAUAUUGCCAUUGUUUACUUGGGCCAUGAGUCGAUGAUGCCAAUCAAGGUGCAACACGGGGCCCAGACACAGACACGGUAUGGGGCUAUUCGCCAUUCCACGGAUCUGAUCGGUCGUCGCUACGGGUCCAAGAUAACCUGCAGCAAAGGUGGCUGGGUGCAUGUCCUGCACCCCACCCCGGAGCUGUGGACGGUCAACCUGCCCCACCGCACGCAGAUCCUCUACACCACGGACAUCGCCACCAUCACCAUGAUGCUGGAGCUUAAGCCAGGCUCCAUUGUCUGCGAGUCAGGUACGGGUAGCGGAUCCCUUUCCCAUGCUAUCCUGCGCACAAUUGCGCCCACAGGCCACUUGCACACAGUGGAGUUCCACCAGCAGCGUGCAGAGAAGGCCACCGAGGAAUUUCGCGAGCACCGUGUGGACCAUCUGGUGACGAUGAGGAACCAGGAUGUGUGCAAGGAGGGUUUCGGUGUUACAGGGAUCGCCGACGCCGUUUUCCUGGACAUCCCCAGACCCUGGGAGGCUGUGGGUCAUGCCAAGGCAGCUUUGAAGAAGCAAGCUGGCCGUUUGUGCUCCUUCUCGCCAUGCAUCGAGCAAGUGCAGAGGACCUGCGAGGCCCUGACUGAGCAGGAUUUUGAGGAAAUCUGCACCCUGGAGGUCCUCCUGAGAGUCCACGACGUGCGCGCCGUCACCCUGCCGCUGCCCGACUUCGGCUCCAACCACACCUCGGUCAUCUGUAAGAUCACCGUCCCUCGCAGGGAGAUGGCUGGUCACACGGGCUACCUGACCUUCGCCACCAAACCACGGGCCUAAAGGCCAGAGUGCCUCAUGGGAGGUAUUUUUCAGGCAGUGUAGGUUUAAUUUUUACAAAUCUUUUACAACUUUUUUUAAAAAAUUGAUAUAAUUUUUAAUGUUUUAUAAUUAUUUGUUUCCUCAGAUAAGUUAGGCAGAUUUGCAUCAUUCUCUGGGUUUCAGUAAUUUCCUGCACACUGCGCCAAAAUAUUUCCCAUGUGUCAUAGCUUUAGUGGAGUAAACCCCAGUACAGUCAAUACAAGAUACCCCCCCCCACAAGAGUGUAAGACAGGAUUUCCCAAAAGCAAGCCAAGAAAAUACUUGUUUCGUUGCCAUGUGACGGACAGAAUGUGUUGCUUGUGAAGAUGCUUUUGGGAAACCAGGCCUUGUGUUGUUCCAAAGCAGUGAUUUAAGGAAUUUCCCGUUUCCUCUUUACCGAUCUUCCUCGACUUCAUUUGUUCUUUUGCUCAUUUAUUUUUGCCACCGAGGGAGGCAACAUAGUUUAAACACCCGCCAUUCUGUCGCUCCCUUUAUCUGUCAGACGCACCUGAAGGAAAAUGGGGGCGUCUGAUUGCUUCAUCACGUCUGAGGAUGUGUAGUUGUGUGUUACAUCCCCGUAGUACAGUUGCCAGGCACUAUUUGUUUGUUUCUUUACUUGCAUCAAGCAAGAAUAGAAAUUGAGGAUGAAAAAUAAGUGAAUAACUGAGCCACUUGAAAAGAAUAAAUGGCGUGAUUUCCAAUAUUUUGGCAAAAAUUUAAACCCCUUGGCCUUUCCUCUCUUUUUCUUUUUUUUUUUUAAUCGGUGCAUCAGUUGUUAUGUUUUGUUUAUGUUUUGUAGUUGUUGUGUUUUUACUGUUUUAUUUUUGCACUCUGUAUUUGAACGAAUACAAUAAAUGUGUGAAAAGGACGGUGUCUGCUUGUUAACACAUUUUACACAGGGGAAAAUCAGACAGUCCCGCCAGGCAGGGUGACCCAAGUUCUUAGAAAGUCCCAUCACGUAACUCGCCACAGGUUCGAGCCCAGUCUGGCUGAUAUUAACAACCACGUGUCCUGUCCAAUUUGCCGUGAAGGGCGCGACACUGAACCGGCAGCUGCUCGAAUGCCUGAAACUA